CGGUAACCCGUAAUGACAAAACAGCUGAAAGAAUCAAAGAAUUUCGUUUUACUCGAGAAACAGUCUAGACUGGUGUCUAACUAGCCGUCAUCCAUCACGGCAGUGAGUUCUAGACGUCAAACGCACGAGUGAUUGAACAUGUCGACAGUGACCGAGACAAUCCUGCUGUUGCUAGUAGUCGCCUCCGAGAUUUGUGGAGACGGACGAAUUCGACUUCAUAUGACUUUAUUGUUAAGUCCAUUUGGUCCAAGAAAUUAUAAUGCCGAGUGUUGUGAUGAACAAAGUGCACCGCGGUGUCUUCGCAUCUGCCAGAAUCACUUUGAAGUUUGUAACCGAGGAGAAAUAUCAAACGGGUCGUGUCUACAGACAUAUCAGACAAUAACGUACUAUCCCGUGCUCCAACCCAUUAGCACUAUAAGAUAUUUUAAUGCAACAGAAGCAGUGUUCGACUUCGCUUUCAACAAUUCAGCUCCGCAACUUCUUUACGCGUACGUAGAGAUUAUAGACAUUGGCGGAGACCUUGUAGAUGACUAUCUCAUAACCCUCAAUGCGAAUCGUACAAUUCAGACAAACACAGUGGAAGGCAUGCGGCCAAUUCUUCCAACGAUACUAUCAUUCGAGUGGCAGCUGUUAUGUGACGACGACUGGUAUGGCGAUGACUGUGAAUUAUACUGUAUUGCUCAGAACACGGCGUUUGCUCAUUACACUUGCAACCAAACAACAGGCGACAAGAUAUGCAAUGACGGAUACGAAGAUCCGAGCACCAACUGCACCAGAGACUUAGACGAGUGCACGUCCAACCCAUGCCAGAAUGGUGCGACAUGUCACGACUGUGUCAAUCACUACGCCUGUACUUGCGAGGUGGGAUACACCGGAGAACGCUGCGCUACAAAAGAGUCUAUCUUCUACUCUUGCGUAACAACAGAGCCACCAACGACAGAGCUGGUCACUACACAAGCAGCGACAACGAAAUCUCAAACCACAAAUGCGCCAACAACAGCAGCAACGACAAACCGUUCGACGACCAACCAACCGACAUCCGACCAGCCGACGACCAACCAGCCGACGACCGACCAGCCGACGACCAAUCAACCGAGGACAAAACGUUCAACUACAAGUGUGUAUACAUCGGCAACGAUGCAACAACCUACAGGAGACAGCAAAGUGGGGGGAGAGAAAAAAACGAUAUGCAAGAAAGGAUUUUCCUACACGACGCUCGGUGUUUCCGUUGCAAUCGCCGCCGUUCUCUCGCCAUGCAUCGCCUUGGUCUUGCAAAUGUGCGUGAAAGCGACACGUAAAACAAGUAUUCAUCCAGCAAACACAUUUCAGACAAUAACGUACUAUGAUUUCAUAAUCCAUCCCGUUAGCACUCUAAAAGUGUUCAAUGCAACAGAAGCAGUGUUUGACUUCGCUUUCAACAAUUCAGCUCCGCAACUUCUUUACACGUACGUAGAGAUUAUAGACAUUGGCGGAGACCUUGUAGAUGACUAUCUCCUAUCGCUCAAUGCGAACCGUACAAUUCAGACAAACACAGUGAAAGGCAUGCGGCCAAUUUUUCCAACGAUACUAUCAUUCGAGUGGCAGCUGUUAUGUGACGACGACUGGUUUGGCGAUGACUGUGGAUUAUACUGUAUUGCUCAGAACACGGUGUUUGCUCAUUACACUUGCAACCAAACAACAGGCGACAAGAUAUGCAAUGACGGAUACGAAGAUCCGAGCACCAACUGCACCAGAGACUUAGACGAGUGCACGUCCAACCCAUGCCAGAAUGGUGCGACAUGUCACGACUGUGUCAAUCACUACGCCUGUACUUGCGAGGUGGGAUACACCGGAGAACGCUGCACUACAAAAGAGUCUAUCUUCUACUCUUGCGUAACAACAGAGCCACCAACGACAGAGCUGGUCACUACACAAGUAGCGACAACGAAAUCUCAAACCACAAAUGCGCCAACAACAGCAGCAGCGACAAACCGUCCGACGACCAACCAACCGACGACCGACCAGCCGACGGCCAAUCAACCGACGACUAACCAACCGACGACCACCAAACCGACAACCAAUCAACCGACGACAAAACGUUCAACUACAAGUGUGUAUACAGCGGCAACGAUGCAACAACCUACAGGAGACAGCAAAGUGGGGGGAGAGAAAAAAACGAUAUGCAAGAAAGGAUUUUCCUACACGACGCUCGGUGUUUCCGUUGCAAUCGCCGCCGUUCUCUCGCCAUGCAUCACCUUGGUCUUGCAAAUGUGCGUGAAAGCGACACGUAAAGCAAGUAUUCAUCCAGCAAACGUACAAAUAUAA